AUGUCCUCACCCGGUACACCGCCCUCAACGGAGGCUCCGCCACCGCUACCGAACUUUGCCGCCUCCUUCACUAUAUGGCCUCCCACCCAACGCACUCGCGACGCCGUCACAAACCGCUUGAUCGAGACCUUUUCCACUCCCUCAAUCCUCUCUAAACGCUACGGCACAUUGUCGCUUGACGAAGCCUCCGUCGCCGCAAGCCAGAUCGAGGCCGAGUCCUUCUCCAUCGCCGAUGAUUCCUCUUCCCCCGACGACGACAGCAUUCAGAUCCUCGAGGUAUACUCUAAAGAGAUCAGUAAACGCAUGAUCGAAACCGUUAAAACUAGAUCUCAUCUCGCCGAUGACACUUAUGCUACUUCCGUCACUGCUUCCCCCGCCGGACACUCGGUCGCUCUUUUGGACUCUUAA